UCAGUCCCGGGAAGACGAUCACCAUGCCUCUGAGCAGCGCCUUCAGGGCUGUGGGCAAUGACCCUGGGAUCAUCACCUGGAGAAUAGAGAAAAUGGAGCUGGCGCUGGUGCCCCUGAGCGCCCACGGCAACUUCUAUGAAGGGGACUGCUACGUUGUCCUUUCGACCCGGAGAGUGGGCGGACUCCUCUCCCAGGACAUCCACUUCUGGAUCGGGAAGGACUCCUCCCAGGAUGAGCAGACCUGCGCAGCCAUCUACACCACGCAGCUGGACGACUACCUGGGAGGCAGCCCCGUGCAGCACCGAGAGGUCCAGCACCACGAGUCUGACACCUUCCGGGGCUACUUCAAGCAGGGCGUCAUCUACAAGAAGGGGGGCGUGGCCUCUGGGAUGAAGCACGUGGAGACCAACACCCAUGAUGUGCAGCGGCUGCUCCACGUGAAGGGGAAGAGAAACAUCACCGCCACCGAGGUGGAAAUGAAUUGGGACAGUUUCAACCGAGGGGAUGUCUUCCUGCUGGACCUUGGGAAGGUCAUCGUCCAGUGGAAUGGCCCAGAGAGCAACAGUGGGGAGCGCCUAAAGGCUAUGCUUCUGGCGAAGGAUAUUCGGGAUAGGGAGCGAGGGGGCCGUGUGGAAAUCGGCGUGAUCGAGGGGGAUAAGGAGGCGGCCAGCCCAGAGCUACUGAAGGUCCUUCAGGACAGCCUUGGCCGCCGCUCCAUUGUCAAGCCUGCAGUCCCUGAUGAGGCCAUAGACCAGCGGCAGAAAUCAAAUAUCACCUUGUAUCAUGUCUCAGACUCGGCUGGGCAGCUAGCAGUCACAGAGGUAGCAACCAGGCCUCUGGUCCAGGACUUGCUGAACCACGAUGACUGCUACAUCCUGGACCAGGGCGGAACCAAGAUCUACGUGUGGAAAGGAAAAGGAGCCACAAAGGUUGAGAAACAGGCAGCCAUGUCUAAAGCCCUGGGCUUCAUCAAGAUGAAGGGCCACCCCAGCAGCACCAACGUGGAGAUUGUCAACGACGGGGCUGAGUCGGCCAUGUUCAAGCAGCUGUUCCAGAAGUGGUCAGGGAAGGACCAGACCGUGGGCCUCGGGAAGAUGUUCAGCAUUGGCAAAAUUGCUCAAGUUUUCCAGGGUAAGUUUGACGUGACCCUGCUGCACACCAAGCCUGAGGUAGCUGCCCAGGAAAGAAUGGUUGACGAUGGCCACGGCAAAGUGGAGGUCUGGAGAAUUGAGAACCUGGAGCUGGUCCCCGUGGAACACCAGUGGUACGGCUUCUUCUACGGGGGAGACUGCUAUCUGGUUCUCUACACGUAUGAGGUGACUGGAAGGCCAUGUUACAUCUUGUACAUCUGGCAGGGCCGCCACGCCUCCCAGGAUGAGCUGGCAGCCUCGGCAUACCAGGCAGUGGAGGUGGACCGGCAGUUUGAUGGGGCCGCCGUGCAGGUUCGCGUCAGCAUGGGGAAGGAGCCACGCCACUUCAUGGCCAUCUUCAAGGGGAAGCUGGUUAUCUUUGAGGGUGGGACUUCCAGGAAAGGGAACGGUGAGCCCGACCCUCCAGUGAGACUCUUCCAGAUUCAAGGAAAUGACACAUCUAACACCAAAGCGGUGGAGGUUCCAGCCUAUGCCUCUUCCCUCAACUCCAAUGAUGUCUUUCUCCUGCGCACCCAGGCAGAGCAUUACCUGUGGUACGGCAAGGGGUCGAGUGGGGAUGAGCGGGCCAUGGCUAAGGAGCUGGCCGGGUUCCUCUGUGACGGCGCUGAGGACACUGUGGCAGAGGGCCAGGAGCCAGCUGAGUUCUGGGACUUACUGGGAGGGAGAGCACCUUAUGCCAACGAUAAAAGAUUACAGCAGGAAGUCCUAGAUGUCCAGCCCCGGCUCUUCGAAUGUUCCAACAAGACUGGCCGGUUCAUUGUCACUGAGAUCACAGACUUCACCCAGGAUGACCUGAACCCAGGUGACGUGAUGCUCCUAGAUACCUGGGACCAGGUGUUCCUGUGGAUUGGGGUUGAGGCCAACGCCGCUGAGAAGGAGCAGGCCCUGGCCACCGCGCAGGAGUACCUGCACACUCACCCUGGCGGCCGAGAUGCCGGCACACCAAUCCUGAUCAUCAAACAGGGCUUUGAGCCUCCCAUCUUCACAGGCUGGUUCCUGGCCUGGGACCCUCACAUGUGGAGCGCAGGAAAAUCAUAUGAACAAUUAAAAGAAGAGCUAGGCAAUGCUGCAGCCAUUGUGCGGAUUACUGCUGACAUGAAGAACGCAACCCUCUCCCUGAAUUCUCAUAACAGUGAGUCAAAAUAUUAUCCCAUAGAAGUUCUAUUGAAAAACCAGAAUCAAGAGCUGCCCGAGGACGUGAACCCUGCCAAAAAGGAGAAUUACCUCUCUGAACAGGACUUUGUGUCUGUGUUUGGCAUCACAAGAGGGCAAUUUAUUGCUCUGCCUGGCUGGAAACAGCUUCAACUGAAGAAAGAAAAGGGGCUUUUCUAAGGCAAGAAGGCAUAUGCCUAUUGCAAGACCAAGGAGAGACCAGAGAGUGCCAAUACCAGGAAAGAAUUCACCUACCAAUUUCUGCCUGACAUCCAGCCACUUAGUUUAGAUACAAUAGAGUCUGAAAAUCUCAGCAUGUUUUUCAUUUUUUUCUCAUCCUUGCAUCCCUUGGUUAUUAUAUACAGUACACAAAAAUGUUAACCACCCAUUUUUUGGUUUUUGUGGCUUUCUAGCUAAAGCCACAGCAGAAAGCACUAGAACUGCAUAAAUCUGGAGAAGCCAAAAUAACCAAAUACUAAGUUUAAAAUGUUUAAUAUUGUGCCAGGACCUACAAUUGUUUUAAAUUUCAUUAUCAGUACGUCUAAACCUACUUAACCUGCAAAUCAUUGAAAUCACAUGAUACAGCCCAAGGUUGAAAUGCAAAGGCCCAGAUCUGUUAUGUGCCAGAGCAUUUUUAACUUUUUUUUCAAAUAAAGACGCCUGUAAUGA